AACAUGAAACAUCCUAGAAAAGAUGCUAUGAAAACAUGUCAUAAUAUAUGUGACAGCAUGGGCUGCAGCCACAGAGGAAUUAGGGGAACCAGCAAGUAUCUUGAGAUGAAAAAGGGUGUGACAUGGGUCCUUUUGAGCUGGCUAAAGAUGAGAUGUGCUGCUGAAUUCUCAAUCAUCUAAAGGGGUUUGAUGGAUAUGGCUGGGAGGCCCGAGAGUAGUGUGUUGCAGUAGUCCAGUUUUGAUAUUCCAGAUGACAUUGUUGUUCCUUGAGCUAAAGCUGUUAGCUUUGUAUAAAUGUUUUCUGGUUCAGUUCAAUCAAAAUGAGCACAAUUGAACUAGUCCAAGGGACCAAUUAUUUUUUUUCUUGUUACACAUCAAAAAACUUUAAUGUAUUGAAGACACAGUGGCACAAGGUGGUUUCAGCUCUUUGCUGUUUAUGCCAACAUGGAGACUGGGUCUACUCCAGUCUACACCAUAAAAAGAAUGUUUCCCCUCAUAUAAUUUCUGAAAUAAUUGCCUCUCUGAUUGAUGUGAUCUGUAUUGGGCCAGCAAAACUCAAAGAAUUGCCCUAUUGUUAGGCAAAAGAGAGAGAGAGCGAAAAGAUGAGCAUGGGAUGAAAAAAGCAUGCAAAAAAAGGAUAGUAAUCCAUUUGUAUUGCAGCCUGAGCAUGUUUGCAUGGAAAUAAUUGCCUGUGUGUUACCAAUGUAGUUCAGUUCGGGUGGGAGGCAAAGUGCAGGGGACAGUUGACAAUACCACCACUGUUUGUUCUCUUUGAGAAGUUAUUGAGAACAGGAUGGUGGUUGGGGGUGACGAAGUAGAGAGGAGAAAGGAACAGCUGGUCAUUGUGAGCAAAAUGGCUAUUAGCCUUCAACCGUACUAUACAUUUAGUCAAGCUGUUUCUCAAUUCUAGUCCAGCUAAAGAAAUUGGAGGGAGGAGAGACAUUCAGGCAGGAUCCCAUGACACAUUCUACUUCUCAAUACUCUCUCAUUGAAGUCCCAUGACAAAUGGUGUCAGUACUCAAAAGGAGUAUUAAUGGACCCCAGAGUUCUGACCCCAUAAUCUGGAAAAAGGGAGAGAGAGUAACAGGAAGUAACCAAAUAAUGAGUGGCUGUUCUGUUUUUCCUGUGAUCAUGAUCUCCUUCAUGCCUGUGGUGUGGGCUGUUAUGGGGAGUGAGCUAAGACUGUCCAGACAAGUAAUGAGUGACAGCCAACUCACUAAAGUCAUCCAUGGAUUCAGAGUCAAACGUGGCUGGAUCUGGAACCAACUGUCAGUUGAGGAAGAAGAUCCAACUCCAAAAAUAAUUGGUCAGCUGAAAUCAACCUACGACACAGGAGACUUUGCCAUCAGGUAUAGCCUGUCUGGAGAGGGAGCAGGAGAAAUAUUUAACAUUGAUGAGUUCAGUGGUGAAAUCCAUAUUCAUAAGAGCCUGGACAGGGAAAAGAAGGCCUUCUAUGUGCUCCACGGUGAAGCUAUUGACCGCAGAACUGGCCACGCAGUAGAGCCUGAGUCAGAGUUCAUCAUCAAAGUCCAGGAUAUCAAUGACAAUGCUCCACAGUUCAUAAAUGAACCCUACACUUCCAGUAUCCCUGAGAUGAGUCCAAUGGGGACUACAGUGGUUCAAGUGACAGCCAUAGAUGCAGAUGAUCCCAUGUUUGGAAAUAAUGCCAAACUCAUAUAUUCCAUUCUGCAAGGAGAGCCUUACUUCUCAGUAGAGCCAAAGACAGGUAUAAUAGUGACCUCUUGGCCAAACAUUGACAGAGAAGCAAGUGAGAAGUACCUUGUUGUAAUUCAGGUAAAAGAUAUGCUUGGAAUUACUGGAGGCUACAGUGCUACAACAACAGUGACCGUCACCCUUACUGAUGUGAAUGACAAUGGGCCUACCUUUCAACAUAACCUAUACACGUUUGCCAUAGUGGAAUCAGCACCAGUUGGCACAACAGUUGGUAGGGUCAUGGCAGAGGAUGCUGAUGUUGGAGUGAAUGCCAAGAUGAACUACACUCUAGAUGACCUGGAGGAAAGCGCAACUUUCAGGGUCCAGACAGACCCUGCCACACAGGAGGGCAUAGUGAUACUGUCCAAACCUUUAGAUUAUGAGAGCAAGAGGCGCUUUGUGAUUGCCAUAGAGGCCAUCAAUUCUUUUGUGGACACGCGAUUCCUAAGCAUCAAUGAAUUUCGGGACAGGACAAUGCUCAAAAUUCUGGUGAUGGAUGUGGAUGAGCCACCUGUCUUUUCUGCACCAUUCUAUGAGUGGAAAGUUCUAGAGAAUGCACCCGUUGGUACAUUGGUUGGCACAGUAUAUGCCAGAGAUGCAGAUGCUGCCAAUAACCCCAUCAGGUUUUCCAUAUGCAAUGAGAUGAAGAAUGUCUUCAGGAUUGACACCAACAAUGGAACAGUGUCCCUGGUCAAACCUUUGGACCGAGAGACUGCAGCAUGGCAAAAUCUUACUGUUAUUGCUAAAGAAAUGAGUAAAAAUCAGCUCUCCUCAGUUUCCGUGGUCAUUAAAGUCCUAGAUGUCAAUGACAACAUACCCACUCUGUCUAGGGCCUACCAACCCUAUGUGUGUGAGGGCAUACAGGCAGGGGAAGUCAUCCAGGUUAUAAGUGCUGUGGAUGCAGAUGAUCCAGCAGAAGGUCAUCAUUUUUAUUUUUCCAUGGUGCCAGAAAAAAACAUUAACCCCAACUUCACCAUCAGGGACAACCAAGACAACACAGCAGGCAUUUUGACCCGUCGUAGCACAUUUACACAUCAUGAUCGGAUACUGUAUCAUCUCCCCGUGAUCAUAACAGACAAUGGCUCUCCUCCUCUAUCCAGCACUACCACCUUCACCAUCAGUGUGUGUGUAUGCCAGUCUAGAGGGCACUGCCCAUCUAGUGGAAUGGAAGCAUUGGCCCUAUCUGUGGGUAUGCAGGCCCUCCUAGGCCUCUCUAUAUGCCUCAUCACCAUAAUAGUGCUUGCUUUACUAUUGGUAGCUGUGUGGAGACACAGGACAGUACAACAGCAGAAUCUUGCUAUCCAGGAGCUUGACACAGAGGAGUACUCAGAGAAAAUCGUAUAUCACAGUGAGAGUGAAGGAAUUCCAGAUGCAGCCAACGCUAACCAGUUAGUCCCACUGAGGCCACACCCACACCGCCACAAGCACACGUUCUGUAGAGAGGAAGUGGUAGCAAGUGUACGCAUGUCUCUAUGCCACUCACACCUUAUUGGUCCAGAGGAUGAAGUCUUCCAUCAGUUUAUGAUAGACCGGCUGGCUGAGGCUGACCAGGACCCCUGUGUCCCUCCCUUUGACUGCUUGCACACUUAUGCCUAUGAGGGUUCUGGGUCACUAGCAGCCUCGCUUAGCUCACUGGAAUCCUCAAACUUUGACCCUUAUUUCGAUCGAUCCCAUGACACUGGCCCAGGGUUUUUAAGACUGUCUCGCUGGCAAGGUGCUAAUGAUUAUGAGUCUUCAUUCUGAACUGAGGAGAAAUUAAGCUGAACUCUAUAGGCAGUGACAGAAUCCAGUGAGCCCCCUCGGCUUAGUGAAAUCUUUGACUUUUGAUCCCUGUAAAGACCAUCCAUGUGACUGCUGGACAUGAUUCUUUUAUGAAGCAAGAGAUGAGAUUUAAUGCUUCACUAAAAAUAGCUAGUGUAUUUUUUAAAUACUUUUGAAACACUUCACAGGCUUUGUUAACUCCCUGUAAUCGUUAACUCAUGUGUUGAGCCUUUCUUGGAAAGGUACUGAAGGUGAAGGUACUUCAUUAUGUACUGAAAAGAAAUGGAAGUGUAUUGAAGUAAUUAAAUAAAUAGUGACUUCAGAAUGGCAUAUUUAUUCAACUGUUUUUAAAUAUAUUUGUGUAAGAAAAUCUUUUAAUGAUGUAGUGCUCCACAGAAUGCCCUAUUGGGAGCCAGGAUAUCAAAAUAUAAGAACUGCAUAGAUGCAUUAACCAUUUUCUACUGAAGCUUGACAGCUUAUACCCUUGUAGAACCCAAUUUCAAAGGAAAGAGGAUUGGGGGACAGGCAGACUUUGAUGCAGCUUUGGGGCUCACUUUAUCUUUAUUUUUCUCUUUUUUUUACACUAGCUGCCUUUCAGUACAUGUUGUCGAAACCUUAAAUUCUUUCAACCAAAACUAAUGGAAAUAAAAUUCAGUCCAAACAGCUUGUGGCUUUCGCCAUGUUCAAGCCCAACUUUAAGUUUAAGUUCCUGCCGGGUGUGUUAUGUUGGCUCUGUCUCUCUUUCUCUCUUGCUCACUGCAUUCACUGAAAGGACAGACAAAGUGCAUAUAAACUGGCCAUAAUCACACACAGGUGAGAAUCAUCAUGCGUUACCUGCUGGU